AUGGGGCUGUUGUCAAUCCUAAAAAAGGUCAAAGAAAAGGAACGGGAAGUUCGUAUACUGAUUUUAGGAUUGGAUAAUGCUGGUAAAACAACUAUCGUGAAGAAACUGUGUGGUCAACCCAUCAAUACGAUCGAACCAACCUUGGGCUUUCAGAUUGAAUCCUUGGAAUACCAGAACUAUCAUCUGAACCUGUGGGACAUUGGUGGCCAGUCGUCCAUCCGUGCAUACUGGCGGAAUUACUUUGAGCAGACGGAUGGUCUAGUAUGGGUGGUAGACAGCGCGGACUUAUCCCGGUUGCACUUGGUGCGAUCGGAAUUGGAGAAUUUGUUGCAACAAGAACGUCUGGCUGGGGCAACCUUGCUGAUUUGGGCCAACAAGCAGGACAUUGCUGGUAGCGUACCGCCAUCCAAGAUCGUGGAAGCCUUGGGCUUGGAGGGAGUUCAAUUCCAAAAUCGUCAUUGGGCCAUUCAUCCUUGUAGUGCCGUAACGGGAAGUGGACUGAUGGAAGGAAUGGAUUGGUUAAUUGAAGACAUCAGCAAUCGCAUUUUCAUGCUGAGCUGA